CCACCACCACCCCUCAAAGUACUCGAUGUAUAGUUAAAAAAUGGGAGGGCACACUUGAACCGAGCUGCUCUAUGAAGGUAGGCUGCAGCGUGUGUUUAUUGAUGAGAUGAAAAGAAGAUGGAAGUGAGAAAUGAAACAAAGUAAAGGAACAUAUUAAAAAAAUAAAACUGUACGCGCUUCGUCGGGGGAAAAUAAGGGGCGCCGUGGAAACGCUGUCGGCCACUUUUGACAAGCUUCGAAGUGCAGGGCUGAUGGUGAGCAGCACAUGAUUUGGACAGAGAGGACUGACAGCAUUGCCUAGCACCCGGCCUCUGAUCAGCCAUCUCCACCAGCAAACUGAAGCUUGACCCACACUUCAUCACCAGCCACACAAGCAUCUUCGGAACAAAACGUCAUCUAACUGUGACAUCAGUUGCAAGGGGAUGACCGAGCGCAUUCAUAACAUCAAUCUUCACAACUUCAGCAAUUCUGUACUUGAGACCCUCAAUGAGCAGCGCAACCGUGGGCACUUCUGUGACGUGACUGUUCGGAUCCAUGGAAGUAUGCUGCGUGCUCACCGCUGCGUGCUGGCUGCUGGAAGCCCCUUCUUUCAGGACAAGCUGCUCUUGGGCUACAGCGACAUUGAGAUCCCUUCUGUGGUCUCGGUGCAAUCCAUCCAAAAGCUGAUUGACUUUAUGUACAGUGGGAUCUUGCGGGUGUCUCAGUCAGAGGCUUUGCAGAUCCUCACUGCUGCCAGCAUUCUACAGAUUAAGACCGUCAUCGAUGAGUGCACCCGCAUCGUGUCCCAAAAUGUGGGCCUGGCCGGGCCAGGGGGGUUUCCUGUCAUACCAGGAGACUCUGGUCAGGAAACACCCCGCGGCACGCCAGAGUCAGGCACCUCCGGGCCCAGCAGUGACGCAGAGUCAGGUUAUAUGCAAGCAACAUCACAGCAAAGCAUGGAUCGUGCAUACACAUCACUGUACUCCUACCCUGGCCUCUCGCUACAGAACGGCACCCGCGAGCGCCCUUUGUAUAUAAACCCUCUGACGUCAAACUACGACGCCACCCUUGGCACUCAGAAGGACCAGCAAUCCCAAGAUCCACCCUGGAUGAACCGCAUCCAGGAGAGAUCUCAGCAGGUCGACCGCUUCAUCUCCACAGCAGAGUCCACUCACUGCCGCAAGCAACCCCGACCGUCACGCAUCCAGACGGGAGGGAUGCACAUAAAGCAGGAGGCCGAAGACGAGUACAGCUGCUAUGAUAAUUUGGGGGACUGCCAAGACGACGCCGACCAGACUGAGGGUGUAGAGAGCGAGUCCAAGGUGGAAAGUUUUGACUCAGGAGUGAGCUCCUCCAUUAGCACUGAGCCAGAUGCUAUGGAGCAGCAGCCGUUCCUGAUGGGCUUUAGCAGAGAGGGGGGCGGGGAAGGGCAGCAAGGUGAAGGAGGAGGUCCUGUGCAUAUAGAGGUCAACGACUCGUCCCCGGAGCAAGUGCAAGACACGGAGGACGGGGACACAUCCCACAGCACUAGUGACAGUAGCAUGAUGCAGCCCCUGCCAAACUCAGUCAUGUCCCAGUCCCUGCCGAGUGCCCCGCACUACAUGCGCCAGGCAGAAUCACACACCAGCAACCUGAGGAUGCCGCUCACCGUGACCAGCAACUCCCAAGUGAUGGGCACUGCUGGAAGCUCCUUCCUGCCCACACUCUUUCCUACACAGCCGGCAAGAGACACCAAGCCUUUCCUUUACCUUCCUGGCCAGCAGCAGCCCCAGUUUGUGGCAGUGCCGCCCCCCACAAUGCCAUCAUUCCCCAACCCCAUAUCGGUACAGCAAGCGGCAACACAGCAGCAACAGGCUGCAGGAGGGCUCGGACCCGGGGAGAAGAAGCCGUAUGAAUGCACUCUCUGCAGUAAAACCUUUACUGCUAAACAGAACUACGUCAAACACAUGUUUGUUCAUACUGGUGAGAAGCCUCAUCAGUGCAGCAUCUGCUGGCGCUCAUUCUCCCUGAAGGAUUACUUAAUCAAACACAUGGUGACACACACAGGGGUGCGGGCCUACCAGUGCAGCAUCUGCAACAAGCGCUUCACCCAGAAGAGUUCCCUCAACGUCCACAUGCGGCUGCACCGUGGAGAGAAGUCCUAUGAGUGCUACAUCUGCAAGAAGAAGUUCUCACACAAGACCCUGCUGGAGCGGCAUAUGGCCCUGCACAGCACGGGCAGCGCCAUCACAGGGCUGUCAGGGAGCGCCGGCACCCCAGGCCCUGUCUCCAUUCCCAUGCCGAUGGCCGUCCCAGAGCCAGGUGCCGGUGUGGUGGCCCUCGCCAUGCCCGUGAGCGGAGGUGCUGGAGUAGGGGCCGGGGUUGGAACAGGAGUGGGUGUAGCUGCAGAAGCAAGCUGCCAAGAAGGGACCACCUAUGUGUGCUCCGUCUGCCCUGCCAAGUUCGACCAAAUGGAGCACUUCAAUGACCACAUGCGAAUGCAUGUCUCCGAUGGAUAAGUACUAAUCGAUAAACUCCUUUCAAAAAGAAUGACAAAUAAAUGGCACUAGAUUUUCCUUUUCUUGUUUUGAGGUAUGAAGAGUAAUGAGUAUAGACACUGGCACAUUAAGUUUCCCAAAAAAGUUUUUUUUUCUGUUAUUCUAAAAGAAAAAAAAGAUGGUGGCCUUAAGGCUUAGUAGUUUGAUAUUGAUCUACUGGAUGGAUCCUAACUACAGGCCUCUAAAUGUAUGCUUUCCUAAAAUACUGAUUUAUGUGUUGAACACUACCGAAAGGCCUACGAAAGAAACACAUACACACAAACACACCUUUAGUGUAGAUCUGUCUGAAUGAUUCUACAUGUGCUUAUACGUGUGAGCGUUUGUGUUUAUGCAUGUCUGUCUUAUUUCCGUGUGUUUGUGCGUCUGUGUGAGUGUGUGUAUGUGUGUGUGUACAUUGCCAUGAAGAAUAAAUCAUGGCAGUUGUGAACCCAUUCUGACCAGUUUGGAAACUAUAGAUGUCCAAGCUUACUGUGGUAUAAUUAACAACAAUAACAAAAAAAGUCAUCUGGGGUGGGGCUACAUAUUCCCUCUAAAAAUACUGACGGUCACAAGAUUGCCUUCUUCUAUCAAAUAAAAACGGAGAGUAGUUAAUUUGAUGGUGGGUUUUAUUUAUUCCUAUGGUGUAAAGGGGUUCUAAUGCAGCUGUUGUCAAGGUACCAAUUUCAAUCAUUGAACUGAAAUGUAACUUCCUGUCACACUGAGACUGGGAUGAGCAUUUCUCUUAUGUUUUGUAAUUGCUGUCCAUGCAUUUUGAUGCCUCAGUUUACUAAAUUUGGGUGUGUUGAUGAGCCAGUAUUUGAGCAAAAACAUGUUUCUUUUUUUCUGAAGUUUGGAGUUUAACUAAUUUGCAUACACUGCCACUAAUAUUUUAAACGACUGUUAAGGCUUGUAGACCUCUUCCAUUUCAAAACAUGAGAAAAAAAGAAAGAUUCUUUUGCUGAUGGUUUGUUUUUUAAAGCCUUUCACAUUCACAGUUAUGGCAGGCUGGCAUAUGCGACUACUAAACUCUCUCCUUCAUAAUUGCUGCUCUUCAACUUGCACCUGACUGUUAUGGGAGGUUGAUUUAAAAAAAAAAGGAUUUGUCACUUUAAAUAUUGUAAUUAUUAAGUAGCCGACAUGGUCAGAUAUGAAAUUGAUAAUCACACUCUAAAGCCUGGUCAGGGGGUGUAUAGGCUGAAACAGUGUUAAAGAGGGAGGGAUUUUAUUUGAAUCAAAUUUGAAUUGGAAAUAAAUGCCAUCCUCAUCCUAAACCCCCUGUACACUCUGUUUAAUAACGUUGCAAAGCUAUUUGAGCACAUCGGAGCUAAAUGCAUUACUCUUUAUGUGUUUGCCCUCCCUCAAGGCUCAAAUGGCAUGCAACGCUUUGAAAGGAAACACAGCUUCAAAAGUAACAAAAAAUAAAUAAAACAGUAGCUCCAUUGAAUCACACUGUUUCCUGAUAAUACCACACUUUCAAACGGACUUUCUACACAAUAUGAAACAUUCCUGAUUUUUCUAAACACAAUCUAGACACAGCAUGUACAGAAUAGAUUUUGGAAUCUAGUGUGAGCAAGUUGUCCUCCAUACAUCACUUCACUUAAGGCUCAUUUCUAAUAUUUUUGGAUUGUUUUGUAAUUGCUUUCUACUCUAAAAUAGGACACACACACACAUACACACAUGCAACUGCCUGCAACUGCAAUCCUGAAGGAUUUGCUCGCGUCUGAGCAAAAACUUUCGUAGUUGUAUCGUUAAAAGAAUAACUGCAUAUGGCGGUCUUCAGAUGACACGCUGUAGAUUAAAAAAAAAGUGCUACUUUGCACAUUUUCUUAAAAUGCCUGUGCUUAAUAUUUAAUCAUUUUCCUUAAACAAACUUCUAUAAUUUCUGUUAUUCAGUUUCAAAGGAAAAAAAAACAUUUUUUAAAAUCUUGAUAAGUGGACUGCAUUAUUUUCUUGCAUAUAUGUUGCACUGCUUAAACCAAUAAGUGCACUACUGUUAACAGAGAUAUUAUAGUUUUAGAAAAGAGUUUUUUUUUUUAAUCUAACAUUUGGUUGUAGAGUUCACAUGUAAUAGAAUAGCUUUGUUUCAAUUUAUUCAUUAAGUAAAUCAGCGGUUCUUGGCUUUUGUUCUUGCUUGCAGUUACCUACAGUAUAUUCUUGUGCCGUGUUAAUGCAAGCAUUUAUUUUUAUUUAAAAAUGUACCAUUAUGUGUGCUCAUCUAUGUUUUAAAACCUUUGAGUUCAUUCUUUUCUGGAGUCAGUUCCCUAUAAAAGUCAUUCGAUUGCAUUUCUUUUGAAACAAAGGAGAAUAUCCAAGCCAAACAACAUUAACAGUGAAACAACAACAGUAAUAAUACACGUCGGCGGAGGUUUGAAUAAUAACUAUUAUUAUAUGAUUAAUAAUAAUAAUACAUUUAUAGUGUGUGCGUGUGUAACAUAAAUGAUAUGUGUCCUAGAACAACGUUGUGUGGGUUUAAAGGUGUGGGGAGGUGAGGGAAUGCAGCUUCUUUGAUAUCUGUGCGUCAGUUGUACACAGUCGUGUCCCUUUCCUUAGUGUUUGUGCGUCAGUGAGUGUUUGUGUGUUUGAUAUCUCGCCUAAUCAAGCUGUUGAUAAGUGGAAUAUCUGAACUGUAGGGCUUCCUUUGCAAUAUGCAACGCAGGUACUAUGAGAAGCAGCUCUCCAAUCCAAACCUUUUGGGCUAAUAAAGCACCCGUGGCGUUUGUUCUGAGAUCUGACUCGAGGCCACGUUGACACUGCUGACGUCAGUGCUUGACUUUGAGGAGAUCUGUCCAGCAUUUGGAUGCUUAAAUUUCUUUUAACGGCUACUAAAGUACAGAUCCUUAUGAGUCAGCUGAAGGGGAGUGUGUAUUUUUCCCCCAGCUGGGUAGAAACUCUUGACCACACACGUAUAAAAGGUUUGUCCGCAGUAAAAGUAGCACAUUAUUAAACAUUUGAUUGGGCCUGUGUCCUAUGGUGUGCAUAUAAGCCUAAACUGUAUGGUUCCUGUUUGUAGCUGUUGUUGCCAGGAUGGCAAUAUUGCUGCAUGCUAGUGCUAUAUUUGUCUCUACACAGCACGUGGAGGGUAAUCUCAUGCCUUAACAGACAAUGCACUAAAAAGAAUAUGUAAGCAACUGCCGAGAUCUCUUUUCCAACAGUACUGCCACACAUACGGCACACAGCUCAUUGUGUUGGUGUUUGUUGUCUGUUCAGUACCGAGUUAAACACUGCCAAUCUAACAUCAUCACUUCUUUGAAAGCAGAGGCAGAGAUGUUGAUCGAGUCGUUUCGGUGUAAUGUUUGUAUUCAGUGAUCUAGCAUUCCUUCAUGGCACCUAAAUUUUACAUAUUUUGUGUAAACACAUAUAUCAAAUGCACUAUUGACUGUAGCUAGAUGAGUACAACCAGCUUUGUGGUAUCAUUGGUCUAAAUAGUAGGUUAAGUAGCUCGAUGUUGGUUUUUUGAAACAUUUGAUUUCAGAAUUACACUAUCAGUCGUUUCUCUAUCUUUUUAUUUUUUGGAAUAACAAAAGUAGCCAAUCUCAACGUUAUCUGGAUGAGGGCUAAUAACUCGUCCCAUUGUCAGUUGACUUCUUGUAUCAUAAGGUGUUUGAUAGCAGACCGGGCUCAGAAGAGGGAAGAUUCUUCUCUCCAGUGUGUCAUUUACGUGCUUUAGCAUACCCAGGCUUUUUUCCCCCCUGUUGCAUUAGCAUCACAUGCUCUUCACUGUUCAUAGUUAUAUAUUCCUUAUACUGCUUCAGCUACUUGUGGUGGUGCUUAAUUCUCUUUUCUCUCUCAGUGUUGCAGAAAGUCAGUUUAAAACUUGUUGAAAAGUCGCAACAUUAUCCAGAAAAUAAGUCCUUCUCUCAAUCGUGCUUCUUCUAGUUGUUAGUUUAAGAAAAAAAAGUCUAGACUUUAUGUUUGCAAAGUGUUCGCAUAUUUUCCAGAACAAAACAUAUGAAAACGUAGAUAAUAGCCUUGAGCCUGCAGCUGUUUGUAUUGUGUUUCAAAUAUAUUACUGUUCAUGUUUUGUUUAUCUUAGCAUAGAGACACAGGGUCUACAGUACAUUGUUGUCCUUCUUGCAGUAUGUUUAAUUCAUUGUUAUACUUCUUUAUUUCAGGCUUCCUCCUGCUUUUUUGUUAUGGUGAUCAUAGUGCUGUUGUUUAUACAUACAUUGCUUCACGCAACUGGAUAACGCAUAGUCAGUUAUUAAAGUCAUAUUUCACAUUGUACUAUAUAUACGCUUUGCAUUGAGAUGAAAACAAGGAAAUGGAGAAAUAGUAAUGGUGAGGGUCAUGUCGAGUAAGGAACAGGUUCAUUUUAUUCUGAUACGCAUGCGUCUGUCUCCCUGUUUGUCUUUCAGUCCGUCUCCACACAUUCAAAGUCAGAUUGUUUUUAUUUAAAGCUUGAAGAAAGUCACAAAGUUAAGAGUAGAGUACAGAAAACACCAGUCAGAUAAUACUUUACUGCAUCUCUGGCCUUCUACAGUACACAUAAGAGUGAAAUAUCUUAAAAAUAUACAAUAUAUAUAUUUAAAUAUCACCAUCCUCAGAAAACAUUCUCAGAUAGUUUGAUAAAGACAGCUAGAGUAUACGGAAACCUUGAGGGAUAUAGGGAAUACGCCUAUCAAGUGCCUAUCAGUACAUACAGCAACUAUACAGAAUAUUCAUAGUUUUUCUCUCCUACAUUGCACAGAUACAGUAUAUACACAAUGGUCUAUAAGAAAUAUACUAUUUAUACUAUUACUGCAAAGACCUGCUGGUUGUGAGUGCAUCCUAAGAGAACCCUUUAAAAAGCGUCUAUCAUAUACAGUUAAAGCUACAUCCGUGAGUUUUAUUUUUUAAUGUACAUCUAUACAGCUCGGAGGAUUCAAAGAUGUAAAAUGCAAUCACGUUUGAAAUAUAUUCGUAGGUUUAGUGGGUUGUAUAAAAUUGUCUUUAAGGUUGCUCUCUUUCAUUGCUGUUUUGCAUUUUUUCAACAUGCUACAUGCAAACAAGCCAUAUGCUGUACUGUACUGUACUGUACUUUGGAGGGAAAAGGGGCAGUGGUGCUUUAUGAACAGCAGAGGGAGCCACAUUCACCAGAAAAAAGGUGGAGUUAGUAUGCCAUAAUGUCAAAUGUUUGGAUUUUUCUUUAAUCUUAUUGGAAAUAAGUUCCAUUUUUUAUUUUAACAUGAAAUAACAUGCAUAAUCUAACUUCCUACCAUGGUGGUUCCCUCUAUUGACACUCACUGUAAAUGAAUAAUAAAGUCGUUGCUGGCUGCUUGAUUUGGCAGCUGCUUUAAUGGUGCUCUACAAAGUACACCAUGUUUCUUUGACCCUGAUAACAGUCUCUGCCCAUUUUCCCUACAAUGGUCAUUAAACUUUUAUCUUAUCUGACCACCUUUUUGCUUACGUACAGCUUUAAAUACUGGUAAAGGGCAAGCAAUGAGCAACCUUAAAAAAGAAAACUGGUCACUGAAUGUUACACAGACGUAUAUUUAUAACUACCUGGAGGCACAUUGAGAUUAAAAAAAUGUGGCAAAGUCUUUAAGUGUCUGGUUUAAAAAUUUAAAGUAAGAGAUAAUAGAGUAGAAUAAAAUCCGAUAAUCAAGUUUCAGGACGAGUGGCUGCGAGAUAAAAGGUUUUGGGAUGGCUGAUUAUUCGGUCCCCUGUGGACUCAUUACCACAGUUUUCUCUCUAACCUUCCCCAGCCUAGUUACUGUGCCAAAUUUAGGGGUAAAAAAAAGACACUUUUUAAAUUAUACCCCUAUUGUUAAAUUUGAUGUGAGAACAAAGCAAAAAAGGAACAUUAAAAUAAUCGUUUUAUGUAGGAGAUAUCCUGUAACGCCUAUAACAUUAACAUAAUAUAAUAAAACAAAACAUAUGUCACAACCAGGGCAAGUGAUUGCUUUUAUUUUGAAUCUUUAAAUCCUCCAUCAAACAUAGUAUUCAGUUAAAUAGGAGAAAACAGCUAUGAUUAAGCUAUGGAAAGUGCACAUUUUGAAGGCCUAGUUUUCAUUACAUUUAAAGUUAAAAUGAAGCAUUAAUGUUAUAGGCAAUGUGAUAUAGCUAGUCCCUGUCAUCCAACUGUCACACACAAACAGCAUCUGUUCAGAUCUUUCAGUCAAACAUGCAGACUCUGUUUUGAUUUUUGAGCUUACACACACACAUACACAGAAGCAGCUGUUCAGAUUUUAAAGUACAACACAGCUAAGCUAAGCUAAAACCACAUCUAGAUUAUAUUAUUUCUCUCUCUAACAUGCAGUUCUUACACUACCCUGAUGAGGUUUUAAUGGAACCGUCUUCAUCAGGAAUCCAUCAGUGCACAUGAAGCAUGCAGUCCGGUCCACACGGCCCCUUCCUGCACGUUGGGGGGGCUUUGUUUUUGAUGGAGCACAAACUAUGUUUUGAGUGUCCCCUGAUAGCACGCUUUCUUUAUCGUUUUUUAAUCACUAUUGUUAGGAGACUGAGGCUCUGAAGACUAAACAUCAAGCCUCUUUGUGUUCUGUAGUCUCUUUUUCAGCGUAAUCCUGCUGAAUGAGAUGAUUAGUUAGAAAGUGUGCAGCAGUGUGACUAAAAUAAAGCAUUCCUGUUCACGUCCGGAGCAUUCCAACUCCUCGUCUGGCACUCGUUUUGCACACUUAACUAACCUGACAUUAAGUAGGAUUUCCAGCGCUUCAUCCUUUUGGAUAUUUGAUUAUGUAGUAGCAGAAAAACGCCCAUCACAUCAGAGUUAAAUUAGAUUUAUACUUCCCUCCUUUUAAUUCAGAUUUCAACAUGGUUUUAUAGACAGCAUGCACUAUGCUAACACUGUAGGUCUCUUUUUUUAUAGUGCAGAGAUAAAAAAAAAAAAAAAAAAGAACGUCGGUCACCGUCUCAGCCAGCAUGUUUCUGCCAUAACAAACUGGUAUCACUGUAAUGUUCCUAAAGGGGCUGCUGGUGGUCAAUUUGAAACACGGGGGCCAUGCUAAUCAUUAGAGGUGAAAUAAACUAAACUUUACUAGACAAUGUUUGUGUUUGCAAACCAAAGAAGGGUUAAGAUAAUUUAUCUUUUCUAUGUGUGUGGGGUUCCUGCCAUUGGGCUUAGAUUGCUACUUGUGUUUUUUAGUUUCUUCUUCUCAUUGCAGGGUGCUUGUGAAAAUGCAUCUGUGUGUUUUUGUCUCUCGAUCGGUUGUUCAUAGUUUUGUGGGUUUUUGUUAAUUUUAGACCAAAAUAGACUUUUUUUUUUAUAAGAAAUGCAACAAAAUAUAAAAAUAAAAGUGGACACAGUAGCUGUGAUGUAAACUAUCACAUGACAACAUGUUUAAGAUUGUAAAUGUUGCAUCUCACAAAACAUCAUACUCAGUAAUCAUCAGUUAUGUCUUCUAUACACACAACAAAUCAGUGUAAACCUGUUCACCUUCACACAUUACAUCUCAGUGAGUUUUUCUUUUCUUGCCGUUUUCUUCACAUAUUGGCAUGUUUGAUAUUUUUUAAGGCUGUCCCUGAAUACUAAUCCGACAUUGUGACCUAGAGUACAUUAGCCAUUUAUACUUGAGAUGGACCAAGAUGUUAAGUUUGCACAUAUUUGUAGGUUGUUUAUUAAGCCAAAAAAAAGAGGAAAGAGGGUAACGAUAUGUUCAGCAGUUUCAAAGAGGUUUUCAAAAGUCUUUCACUGAAAACACAAAGCAUCAGAGCCAGGCAUCAGCACAUGAUGAAAAAAAAUCCAAACCAAACUGUAACAUGGGAUUAAAUAUCACUGAUAACAAGAUGAUAUAUUUUUCUAAUAAAAGCGCAUCAUCUGGACGCAGAAUGUAGAACAUUUGGCAUAAUUUGACAAUAUUUUAUUACUGUAAAAGGCAAAUCUGCUGUAUUAUUUUCAUCCUUUGUGUUCAAAAGAAGAAAUUGAAUUACUGUAAUGCGGGCGAUGUUUUGUACCUGAAGUGAAGACACAAUUUACUCUAACAUUGACAGUACAAAUCAGACAUUACGUGUGUCCUAAUCAAAGCAGCUUAGGUUUUGUUUUGUCAUCUGGCGUUCAGGCUUUUUGCUGCCAUAUCUUGUAUGUAGAUGCUUUUUGUAAACAUGCACUUGAGUUGAACUAUGAGAUGUGCUUAUAAAUAUGUGUAUAUUUUGUUAGGCUUCUAUUUUUGUUGGCCUACGUUGGCUUGAUAUUUUAUUAUUUCCCUUAAAAACUUCUAUAUAGUUCUGAACAUGGCAGAAGUGGAGCUGUUGUAGUAAAGGUAGUUAACAUCACAACUAAGCAACCCUGAAAUAUAUGCUGCAGUAAUGUGUUUGUUUUUGAUAAUUUAUGCUCCAAGUUGGUUUGUAUUUUAUUAUUAUUAUUAUUAUUAUUAUUAUUAUUAUUGUUAUGAAACAAGCUUGUUUGAAAUGUAUUGACUGCUGUUUUGAAAUAGGGGAUAAAGUUUUUCUUUUUUUUUUAAAUGUAUGUGCAAGGACGUUUUUAUAAUAUGAUUUGUCAAACACUGGACUGGAGUGAGUUUUUCAACAUUUCCAAGUUGAGAGAUGUAUUUGACAGACAUAACUGCACAGACGACACCCGUUAGCACAGAUAUGAGCUGACACAAAAAAAAAAGAAAGAGAAAGCACAUCCUCCCAGCUGUACAGGGGAGGGUGACUUAAAAAUGGCUGCCAUCCCUCUGCUUCAAAAUAGGAGUAAGAAGAUCAGACAUUUCCUUCAUGCUGGGUUAUUGAAUUGAUUGGGUGAUGGGUUAUCUAUGAUAGGAAAUAUUUAUUAGGGGUCUCCCUCCAAAUAGUUGCGUGGCAACCAGUGGUGACGGAUGCUUUUUUUUCUGAGAAAAAUAGUCAGAAAAGUCGUAAAGGGAUACCACUUGACAGCUAUCCAGUUGUGAAAAUCAGCUGGUGUGUUUGUGCUAUGGUCGAGCAGACAUGACAGUCAAGUCUCAUGACACCAACCACCACUUCUCAAACCAGAAAAGAGAUUUGCACUAGACUUAUUUUGGUCGUCUUCUAUCAAAAAGCAAUAUAAUUCACUCAACACAUUUUUCAACCAUAGUAUGUGAUGGUAGUCUCUCACCAUGGCAAUGCUGCGUAGCUGGUGACUUGUUUUUCAGUUGUUUUUGUAUUUAAAGGUACAGAAUCAGUCACCUUUUUAAAUGCACAUGACAUCCACACUUUGUUGUUUUUCCUUUUAUUUCCCAGCAGUACCCCGAGUAUUAGUGUCCAGAUUUGGGGGCAUUAAAACUGUUGUUUCCUCUUGUGAUUGUUUUGGACAAAUCAAGCAGCUCUUACAGAUCAGAACAGUGAGAGAUGGGAUUUUAAGGGAAGGAAUUCAUUUAUUUUCCCCACCAGUCAUGACAUAUUUAAAGAUUAAACAGAAAAAAAAAUCCCAGCUGUCACACCUUUCCCCUUAAAAAUUCUCUUCUCAGCGUAUUUGGUCACCUUUUUGGGGGAAUAUUACAUUUAAAAAAAUGCUUUAAAAAAUGCACCUUUGUGUGGUUUAAACACAGCAUCAUUGGCCACGUACGUACCUAAAAAUGUGUCACACUUCAUCCUUCUCAACAAGGUCAUCCACAGCAGCAGAAUGAGUGACCUUUUAAGUUUUUUCAAUGGAUACUUGUAAAGAAAAAAAUCCAAUAAUUCACAAACAGCAUCAUUUUAUCUGGAUGUAGUAGCUUUUCCUGUUUUUCACCGCUUUGUGGUGUUGUUGAAAGAUGUUGCGGUUUGUCUAAAUAUGUUGCGUGUUAGAGGAAGCAUAAGUAUGUGCCUUCUUGUAAUCUCCUUGGUGAGCUUGUUAUUAUUGAGAAGCUGAAGCCAGCCAAUUGUGUUUGCACUAAAACCAAAUUGCUUUUGUGAUGUAGACUAUUUAAGCAAGCUUGUUGCGUCACUUUAACCGUACAGUAUGCAUGAGGGUGAAAUUGGUAAGUCUAGGGCUAGAGCUCUCAUCUGUUGACCUGUAAACCAGUGCAGCUUAGAGGAUCUUGUGAAUAUAUCUUGGCUUAGUUUCGCAUUCAGUUUUUUCAAUUCCAUCUCCUUAUUCAUCCAGUUUGUCACAAUUUCAACAGUUAAAAACAAAAAAAAAAGAGAAAAAAAGCAAAUAACACAUACCAUGAAUACAAUACAGCUUUUACUUUCACAUGCCACAGUUUGAACGAGUUACACAUCUGCAGUAGAGAUCUUCAUUUCUCUGAAUCCAUGGGAAUGCAUGAGUAUACGAGGUCGCCUCGAGACUUUUGGUCAAGUUAAUUUAGGUUGUUUUUUUAUUUUGAAAAUCUGUAUUUAUUACAUAUUUUGUUGACAUCUGAGAAAGGCCUACAUGCUUUGAGUCUUACGAAUGCACCUUAUUCAUGUCAGUCCAUGUGGGGGAAAGAAAAAAAAAGAGGCUGGCAAUGUAAUAUCUGAUUUAGCACCUUACUACACAGCAUGUUUUCACUUUAUGCCAGUUUAGCUAUUCUUCCAUAUGUAUGAUUUCAAAACGAAAAAUCUCAUAUUUUGUGAAAUUGUUUCAUGGGAUGUGCCAAAGUUUGGAGGCGAUCUCACAAGUGUUGAUGCUUUUUUUCUUUUCCUCCUUCAGUUAUAGCAAUGGUAUGUCAAAACUUUCCUAUAACAGUGUGUGGAAUCAAUUUAUCUCAGCAAACAGUAUCAUUACUUGCCAUUUUACAAUAAGCCCUGUAUUUCACAUAUAUUUACCAGUGAUGUGUAUUUGUUAUUAUAAAGAAAAUAGCCGUAAAAGCUUCAUUAUGUUACAUAAUAUUGUGACUUUUUUCGAAAAACUGUGAAGACUUAUCUUGCAUAUACUUUAUACAGAAGUAUUAAGCCUUAAUACAAAAGACUAAAAAAAGUGUGGAAGAAUAAACUGAUUGUUGCUAAGUAAGGAUGAUUUUUGUAAAUGUUACCAGCACUUUUUUUGUAAUUUUCACUCUCUGAGGUAUUGUACAAGUUCAAGCUGUUUGUGAAGUUUGAUUAUGAAGGAAUAAAAACUAGUACUUUCCUGUA